CUUUCAUCUUCUAGAUUUCGGCCGGGAGAAAUCUUUAUUGGAGCUCGAACAGCCUUAUCUUCUCUCCUUCGCUCUCCCUGUGCGCCCUCCCGCUCUAGAGCAAGCCUACUGUAUUUCUGCUGCAGAGUGGGGCGUGUGACGUCAACGAAUGCUGGAGCGGCUCCUUGGCUCGAGCGAGAAAUGGGGAGAAAAUUCCGAGGGCCAAAGGUUCAUGGUGAGGCAGAAGUAACGGUGACGAGGAACAGAUCUACAACCUAAGAAGAUUCUGAAUCUGCGGGUUUGUGUUUGUGUGUGUCAGACUGUCAGUAUGUGUGAUGGCGUGAAUGGCCUUUGGUCUAAUUCUCACCUCCCUCAGACAUCUGUCUUCCUUCUCGCCCUCAUCUAACUCUCACCACCACCAUUUUUGUACCAUGAGAGGACCCGCCCAAUACUCCGUGAGUAGUACGCCCGCGGCGUGUCUGCGCGGCCGUGCCGCGUGAGGGGCCCCCCGCCGGCCUUUCGCGGAAUGGCUUCUUUGGACCUGCCCUACCGCUGUCCUCGUUGCGGGGAGCACAAACGCUUCCGGUCGCUGUCCUCCCUCCGCGCCCACCUGGAGUACAGCCAUACCUACGAGACGCUCUACGUGCUCUCCAAGUCCAACAGCGUGUGUGACGCCGCUGCACUACUCCCCCUGGUGGCCGACGGAGACCUUCUCCUCGCUCCCGGCGGCAACCGCAGCAACAACAACGACCCCUUCGACGGACUUCAACUCCGGUCGUCCGCCUUCAGGGACUUCAAGGAGCGUCGCUUCCCGUGCCGCGAGCUUCCCUGUCCCGACGACCUCGGCGGUUUGUCCACAACGUCCAACGCCGCGGCUCUCUACAUCCCCAAUGUAGAGUUCCCCCUGGGGGAGAUCUUUGUGAAGAAAGCCAUGAGCGCAGCCGGUGACCGUCACGGUUCCCACAGCAACCAAAGCACGGCCGUGGCGGUGGCGGCGAAUGUGGCGGCGAGCGCAGUGGAGGCGGCCUAUGAGGAGGGUCUGGCCAGGCUGAAGGCAAGGGCCUUUGAGCGUCUGGAGCUGGACGAGAGGCUGGAGAAACUCUCAGAGGAGGUGGAGCAGAAGAUAGCUGCACGCGUGGGCCGGCUGCAGACUGAGCUGGAGAGGAAGAGCGGCGAGCUGGAGCGGGCCAAGCAUGAGAGCGAGCGGCUGGGCCAGGAGAAACAGGACCUGGAGGACAAGGCAUCGGAGCUCUCCCGCCAGGUGGAUGUUUCGGUGGAGAUGCUGGCCAACCUCAAGCAGGACCUGGUCAGCAAGGAGGAGGAGCUCACCCACAAACAACAGGAGGUAACCCAGAUAGACCAGUUCCUCCAGGAGACGGCGGCGCGGGAGGCCAACGCCAAGGUGCGCCUGCAGCAGUUCAUCGAGGAGCUCCUGGACCGUGCCGACCGUGCCGAGAAACAGCUGCAGAUCAUCAGCAGCUGCGGGACCACGCCCAACGGCAGCAUGGGACGCUGCAGCCUGCCCGGCACCAACAAGGGCUCCAACAAUGGACGCCAGAGGAACUCCAGUAUCUCUGGGACAUCUAGGGGCAUGUACCAGGUCUCUGACCGACGAUCCUCUCCCAGCACCGGAGCGUCGGGCCGGGUCAAGUCCUGCUCCCAGGGCUCGGGCGGGGGCUACGACAGCGGCGACAGCGUGGAGAUGCACCCCAUGGAAGAGUGCCCCGAGGGCCAGUACUACCACGUCCAGUGUCGGCUGGGGGAAGGGGGCGGACAGGGAGGGGGCGGACAGUGCUACGAGAGGGCCGGGGUGUCCCGGAGCUGGGGGCUCCGCAAGCAGGCCAUCCAGAACUGGCAGCGGCGACCCUACCGGAACAGCACGGAGGGGGAGGAGGGCGACGUGUCGGACGUGGGCUCCAGGACUACCGAGUCGGAGGCGGAGAUGUGGGAGCAGCAGGAGAGGAGGGCCACCAUGGCUGAGACGCAGCAGUCUGGAGCACCGAGACAAUCUGGGUACCGCCAAGGCACAGGCCGUUCCGAGGGGGGCUACCGCCACAACAAGCCGUGUCGCCACGACAAGAGCCCGUCCCGGUCCAACAGCGAGGUGAUCAGCCCGGAGAUACUGAAGAUGAGGGCGGCUCUGUUCUGUAUCUUUACCUACCUGGACACCAAGACCCUGUUGAGGGCCGCGGAGGUCUGCAGGGACUGGAGGUUUGUGGCCCGCCACCCUGCCGUGUGGACCCGGGUGCUGCUGGAGAACGCCCGCAUCUCCUCCAAGUUCCUGAGUACACUGUCCCAGUGGUGCACCCAGACCCAUUCCCUCAUCCUCCAGAACCUCAAACCACGACAGAGGGGCAAGAAGGAGAUCAAGGAGGAGUAUCUCAAGAGCACACGUGGUUGUCUGGAGGAGGGCCUGGAGUCCCUGCUGAAGGCUACAGGAGGGAACCUGUUGAUCCUCAAGGUGUCUCAUUGUCCCAACCUGCUAACUGACCGCUCCCUGUGGCUCGCCAGCUGCUACUGCCGAGCCCUGCAGGCCGUCACAUACAGGAGUGCCACAGACCCUGUAGGACAGGAGGUGAUCUGGGCUCUAGGAGCCGGCUGUAGAGACAUCAUCUCUCUCCAGGUGGCACCACUACAUCCAUGCCAACAACCGGCUCGCUUCAGCAACCGAUGCCUGCAGACCAUUGGCCGAUGCUGGCCACACCUCAGAGCCCUGGGCGUGGGCGGGGCAGGGUGUGGCGUUCAGGGACUAGCCUCAUUGGCGAGGAACUGCAUGCGUCUGCAGGUGUUGGAGCUGGACCAUGUGAGUGAGGUCAACCAGGAAGUGGCAGCUGAGGUGUGCAGGGAGGGUCUGAAGGGCCUGGAGAUGCUGGUCCUCACCUCCACCCCGGUCACCCCUAAGGCCCUGCUACACUUCAACAGUGUGUGUCGUAACCUGAGGUCCAUCGUGGUGCAGAUCGGGGUAGAAGACUACUUCGAGGACCCCAACAGCCCUGAGGCUAGGAAGCUGUUUGACGAGAGGGUGAACAAGCUGCAGGGCUUGAAGAAGAGACCGGGCUUCUCCAAAAUUCUGCACGUGAAGGCGGACAUCCUCUGCUAACCCCAUCCACCACCCAGAACCCCCAAAGAAGAAGGGUCGGCCAUUUUGUUUCCAGACACACCAACACAACCGACCUAGUCAUUUGGAACCCCUUGACGCGAGGACGAAACAGCCUGAAGUACCAGUCAGCCAACACAAACAUGUAACUGAAGAGGAAAUUCAGUAACAUGAUUCUUUAUUGUUAAAAAUAAAAACCAAUGUGUUUUUAGCUCUUAGCCUUGACUAAAAGACAGACACCACAGACAGAUAGACACUCCAUAGACCACUACAAUGCCAAUUGGAGAGAUGCAAUGCAGUACAGAACAGAGGAUAGACAAGACAAGAGGCCUGGAUAAGUCAGGUCAACACCUUACCCUGGAGCAUACAAACCCAGUGGAAAUUCUCAUAAAGGGACCAAACCCUCCUUUACCAUAGACGUACUAGAGAGCUCAUCUCCUAUCUUUUCAAUGGCUGCUUUUUUGACCAAAUGGGCAGCACCAUUGAGGGCUAUCUCUAUUUUUAAAGUAGUACAUUUUGUGUGUCCUCUAUCCAACUCUAUGGUGGGGUAAAGUGUAGUAAACACAUCAUCAGGCUGGUAACAAGACCAGGGGCCCCUAAGUCUCCGCGAAAACUAACAGGGACCAUGUUUGUGACUUGCUGACCUUCCAAACAGAUUUGAAACAUAAACUCUCUUGGACUUCGUAGAUGCCGUAAUCUCGGCGGGCAUUUUGAUUUCAACUGAGAAAAGAGCUGUAAGCUGGGGGAUGGAUGUUCGUGAAGGAGCAGGCUCUUGUUCUCUAUUCACGAGAGCAUUUGCAGAGAAUGUGUCUGGGAUGCUUUUUUAAAAAUCAAGAUGCUCAACAGCACAUAUUCUGUGGAAAUGCACAUGAGCAGUAAAGCAGAUGUAGGGAUGGACGGUGUGUGAUUUUUUUGACCCAGUCCUGAGCCAAAGGGGUAAGUUAAAAUAGACCCUCAACUCCCAACGUGUGUGUGUGUGUGUGUGUGUGUGUGUGUGUGUGUGUGUGUGUGUGUGUGUGUGUGUGUGUGUGUGUGUGUGUGUGUGUGUGUGUGUGUGUGUGUGUGUGUGUGUGUGUGUGUGUGUGUGUGUGUGUGUGUGUGUGUGUGUGUGUGUGUGUGUGUGUAAUGCAUGACAUACCAGCUUCAGACUUGGUCAAACAUAAAACGUGAAGAUAUCUUGUCACCUUUUAGAUUUUGUUUUAUUCCAAGGUCUUUAUCGGCCUAUCAGCCGCUCCAUGGUGUGGUCGCCAUGGGAACAGUGCAGUUCCCAUCUUCAGCAAGAUCAUCAGCGGAGCACAGUCUCUCACACACUUGGAUUUUCAGCUGUCUGCGGAACUCUUACAGUAUCUGUAGGCCGGCUGGUCCAUAAGGCAGCUACUGUUUAUUUUGUCUUUAAACAGGGUUGCAAAUGGAUUCCUUUUGCCUUUUAUUUCAGAAAUGAUGACGUUCAUAGCUGUGUGUGUUCUAUCUUUCCUAAAGUGUUUUCUCCGAUGUGCCACUAAUCUAUAGGAGCGUUGUAUAAGGCAGUCGUUCACCCUAAUUCAAAUAACUAGCCACUAGCUCUGGAAGCUACAGUGAAUUACAUGAGGUUCAUCCCAAAUGCACUCUAUUCCCUAUGUACAGUAGUGUAAUAUACUUUCAACCAGGGCUCAUAAGGGCUCCACACCUUAGGGGCCUGAUUUGGUGUCACACUUUUGUUCCAAUCCAAGCUAACACACCUGAUUCCAAUAACCAACUAAUCGUGCUCUUCAGUUUAGAAUGCAAUUAGUUUAAAUCAGCUGUGUUUACUAGGGAUGGGGGAGAAUGUGUGACACCAAUCAGGCCUCCGAGGCCUGGAAUAGGGUGACAUUUGGGAUGCAGUCUUCAUCUCAAUUGCCUAAAAAUCCUCUUCUUGUUUCUUCAUAUGCACUGAUUGCCGUGUCAAGUGAAAACAAAAUGGUGGAAGCUCAUCAUUAGCCUGUCUUUCACCUGACCAGUUAUUUUCACUCAGUGCAGUGGCGGGAGAAGAGGACAGAGUUGUUAGACAAUUGAGUAAGAUCGCCUGUAUGUAUCCACUCGCAGUAGUGUACCAUUUAUAUCUUCAGGCAUUCAUGCAAGUCGUCGAGCUCAGGCGACAAUGCACCCCGACCCAAACCAUGCAUCCACCCCAGGGAGGCAUCUCAUGUCUAAUGUGGACUCCUUCUGACAGAAGACAACAGUUGGAAGCCUGAUCGAUCCUCUGGUAGGCUUUGACUUGUCCUUUGUUUGUACGUCAUUGUAGAUCAAGGAAAGGAAAUGAGAGGAAAGCCAUUUUAGACUAUUGAGAUGCAGCCCGUGUGCCAGAGAGGAAAGCCAUUUUAGACUAUUGAGAUGCAGCCCAUGUGCCAGAGAGGAAAGGCUGCAGGGCGAAUGCUUUUCCUUCCCCGGGCAGGUUUUUUUAAAUUUUUUAAAUGGAGAGAUGUUUAGUAAAGUUGAGCACCGAGUUCUGUUCCAAGUUACGUGCUGCUUUGUUUUAGUAGUGCUAGCCUGACACACACACACACACACACACACACACACACACACACACACACACACACACACACACACACACACACACACACACACA